AGCAAACACUAAAGUUUUUUUUUACCUUUAAAAAAAUUUCCUCCGAGGCUCCGACCUGGUCACAUCCUCGACGGCUCCACUCUUCUAUCUUCUUCAUCCUAUAGUCUUCGUCUUGUUAUUUGCUUCGCAAAUUCUGUAGAUUCUUGUGAGAAAAUCUAUUUGACUUCUCGUUCUUGACUUCUUGUUAUCUCGUCUGGUCUGCUCGGGUUUCUCUUUUGGUCUGACGGGAUCGGAGCCGAUGCUCAAAUUGGUUGACUUGCCCGUUCUUCACAAAUUCACGCUCUACCGCACUCGCACGAACUAUUACUUGAUUGGGAGAGACGAGAAGAAAACCUUUUGGAGGAUUCUUAAGAUAGAUCGAACCGAGCCAAACGAGUUGAAUUUAUUCGAAGAUCCUACAAGGUAUACGCGUGACGAAAUCACCCAACUUAAGAAAUGGAUUAGUCGAGGGAACCAGAAGUAUGGUGGCCUUAGAGCAGAGACAACUUGCUAUGGACUCAUUGGGUUUGUGAAAUUCUUGGGGCCCUAUUACAUGCUUGUGAUUAAAAGAAGAAAGAAAGUGGGCGAGAUCUGCGGACAUACUGUUUAUGGUGUAGUAGAGAGUCAAAUGAUCAUGAUUCCAUAUCCUUCCAGGAAAACGAUAGAUGCUGAUUCUUCAGCCGAGCGAAAGUACAAGAAGCUCCUAAACAUGGUGGAUCUUAGCAAAGACUUCUACUUCAGCUACACAUAUCACCUCAUGUAUAGCCUCCAAAAGAACAUAUGCAACACUGAGAGAGGAAAAAUUCACGACGAAACCAUGUUCGUGUGGAAUGAAUACUUAACACACGGGAUCAGAAGGAUCCUUCAGAAUACCGUAUGGACAGUUUCACUUGUAUAUGGAUUCUUUCAACAGACUAAAUGUUUAGUAUCUGAUGAACAAUUUAUACUGACUGUCAUUGCUCGUCGUUCACGCCAUUAUGCUGGUACAAGAUAUUUAAGGCGUGGUGUAAAUGAGGAAGGCAGCGUAGCCAAUGAGGUUGAGACAGAGCAGAUUGUUACCAAAGAGGUUCCAGAGGGACAGAAAAUUCCAAUUACAUCAGUCGUGCAGAUGCGAGGCUCCAUACCCCUAUUUUGGUCACAGAAACCAUCUGUGUUCAACCCACAACCCAACAUAAUAUUGAACAACAAGGACCGGAGUUACGUGGCCACUCAACUCCACUUUGAGAAUCUGAAACAGAGAUAUGGAAAGCUUAUAAUCAUCUUGAAUCUUCUAAAAGCAGGAAAGCAUCGGGAAAACAUCUUACGGGAAGAGUUUGAAAAGGCAAUCUUGUUUAUCAACGGAGGCACCAGGAGGGAGAACCAUUUAAUAGCGAACCAUUUUGAUCUAAACAAACACUACAAAAGUGGAGCCGAUCGUGCAUUCGAGCUCUUGUGUGCCGAUGGGAAGGAAGCAUUGGAAUCAAUUAACUUAUUUUUCGGUGAGGCUCCUUCAGGCAUAGGAGCUGAUGGCGUAAUUAACGACAUAUUUUUCAAUAGCCCUAUUCUGAAUCGAGAUGAAGAGGCAACUAGCUCAAAACAAGAAGCUUUGAAGGCAAAUAUAUUCAUGCGUCAAACUGGGGUCUUUAGGUCAAACUGCAUAGACUGCUUGGAUCGUACUAAUGUUGCUCAGUUGGCCCAUGGAUUGGUAGCUCUUGCUCAUCAGCUGCAGAAAUUGGGUAUCAGAGGACCUCCUAUCGUCGAUAAGAACACUCCUUUGGGAAAGAAAUUGAUGGAAGUUUAUGAAAAUAUGGGUGAUGCAAUUGCAAUGCAGUAUGCUGGCUCGGACGCACACAUCAAGAUGUUCAGUGCUCUUAGAGGUGACUGGAACAUAGUAAAGAAGAACCGUGAUAAGAUCAUAGCUUUGCGUCGCCACUUAUACAACACCUUUCAGGACAGCGAAAAGCAGAACGCCAUAAAUGUGUUCUUGGGGAAAUUCAAGCCUCAGUUGGGGAAGCCAGCACUGUGGGAGUUGCGCUCUGACCAGCAAAACACUAUGAGAAAUAGUUCUAACUUGAAUAUCAAUAAUCUGAGGCCAAAUCAUUCAAGAUCUUUUUCCGAUAACCUCAUCUUGGGGAGUUUGGAUCUGAAGGAGCUGGUACAAGAAAAUCAUCAGCCUUCACGUGCAGGGUUAAAUAGUGGCUGGGAAACCACUUCAAACGGUGGCUGGGAAACCACUUCAGAAGUUGGAUUCUGUGAAGAAGAACCAUCUUCUUCAAGAGUCCACUCAGUUAUUCGCGAUGAAGAUAAUUUGAGAAGAAUAGGAUCAAGGCAGAUGUUUCUAGAGGUUGACUCUACGUCUGAUUCUCACGGGCUCGAAGAUGCACCUGGUCUUUCACACUCAUACAAUGCUACAUUCAUUACGGCAGAGGAAAUGUUUGAACGUUGCAGCUCCACGUCGUCAGACUUAAUUAUUGAGGUAUUUUCUUUCAUAACCAUAUCAGUCUUAAGUAUUGAAGUUACUUGUUAUUACAAGUUGUCAGUUUUGGCAAACAAAGACACUGACUCAGGUGGGGGUUUUCCAUCUUUAUUAGGUUCCUUCAGGUCCAAUUUCCAUCUUUAAGGGCGUCUCAGAUGAUUUCGCUCAGUGGGUGGAAGAAGGAAGAACAUUGUAAAGGGUGUGGAGAUAAAACUGUGCUAUGCUGAGGAAGUAAACGUUGGUUACUUGGCAGGUACGGCAGGGUUGGACAGAUAUGUUUACAUGAAGCAUACAAUAAUAGCCGCAUCUUUUUUAAAUACCGACUCAGCUUUGUAAAAGGUCCUCGUUUGUUGUUUCUCCGAAAUUGAUUUAUAUCUUUGAUUUUUGUUAUAUAGAAAGGGUGUGGUUUGUUUAGUUUUGUAGUCAUUUGUUGCUGCCCAAUGCUCAAAAAAGUGUGUGAUAAGAAAACGUUGGAAGUAAGAGCAUAUCCAUCUCCAUUGGAGGGGUUUACAAGUAGAGUAUCUCACAAACAAAUAGUUGUAUUUAGGUGAAUGAGUAUCCGGUUUAGGAUAGUUAUAGGUAUUUUUCAUGCCAAUCCGAUUGUGUUAAACGGACUUACUAACUUUGCCUUCAAAUUAGUUAGGAAGAGCCUAGCUUAGGUCUUGAUUAGUAGAGCAUUAGCAUAAGCAUUAUCUCUACGUUAUCCAAUCAACAUUUGUUAUAAAAUCAUCUACAAAAGCAUUUACCAAAUGCUAAUGCUCUAUGAAUGCUCUUUGACCAAUGCUCUCGUAUUAAAAUUUUGUUAGAGCAUUUGCAUUUAUAAUUCAUAAAAUUAAGAAAAAAAUAUAAUUAAUUAAAGUGUUUUAUUUAGUAAUAUCAUAAAAUUAUUUUUAUAUCCAUAAAAUAAAAUUUACAUUUUAAAAUAAAUUUACAAUAAAUUAAAUAUAUAUAUAUAUA